UCCAGGUCUAAGCAACAUGGACGUUACCCAGUAUCUACUACGGAUCAGGUACCAGGGUCCCGCCCAGCCUUCUCUGGAGACCUUGCGCUGCCUCCACCAUUGCCAUCUCUCCUCCGUGCCCUUUGAAAGCCUGAGCAUCCACUGCAGGGAGCCGAUCGCCUUGGCGUUGCCCCUUCUCUACGACAAGAUUGUCCGGCGCCACCGGGGCGGCUUCUGUUUCGAGCUGAAUGGGCUUUUCUUGUGGCUGCUGCAGACGCUGGGAUUUGGUGCCAAAGCGGUGGCCGGUCGUGUCCGGAACCCCUUCACGGGGCGCUAUGGCCCCCCCCUGGACCAUAUGGUGAUCUUGGUCCAGCUGGAGGGACGCUCGUUCCUCUGCGAUGUCGGUUUCGGGGAAGGCUUUCUAGAGCCCCUGGAGUUGAAACCAGGCACAGAACACGUUCAAAAAGGGGGUAUAUUCUGGUUGGGCAACAAGGGGGGGAUUUGGGUCUUGGAGCGCCGGGAAGUUCCCGGCAAGGAAGGGAGACCUUUGUAUCAAUUCACCCUUGAGGAGAAGAAGCUGGACGAUUUUGCUGGCAUGUGCUCCUAUCACCAGACUUCGCCCAGUUCCAUCUUCCCCUGCAAAUCCUUCUGUUCCCUGCGGAAGGAAGAUGGCGGGCGCCUUACCUAUAUGGGAUGGCGUCUUAUCUCCACUGCGGGGGAGAAGCGUACAGAGACUGCACUGCAAAGCUCUGAGAUCCCAGCCAUACUGCAUGAGAAAUUCGGGGUUCGGUUGGAGGGAGACUUCAAGCCAAAGGACAAAGAGAUCGUACUACCUCCUGAAGAAGACUAA